AUGCUAGGGAGGCUUCUCUUAUUGGGUCUCGUAGGUUUAUCCUACGGCUUACCCUCUCCACUCACCGUGCCAGAUGAUAGAUGUCCUCCAGAUUAUUCGCACUAUCUCCUGCCACAUGAAUACGACUGCACAAAGUAUUACUAUUGUGAAUGGGGAAGAAGAUUCAUAGAACCAAGAGAUUGUGCUCCUGGAACUGAGUUCUGUGCUACUCUUCGGGUAUGCGUUCAUCCAGUGAGUGCUAAUUGUACCUUACCAGGACCUUCAACUUCGACACAGCCAAGUACAACUAUCGCACCAACAACCACUGCUGCACCAACAACUACUGCUGCACCAACAACCACUGCCGCUCCAACAACAGCUGCACCAACAACAACUGCCGCGCCUACAACUACGGCUGCUCCCACAACUACGACCACACAAAGUACAACUGCUGCUCCUUCCACAACUCUUUCAACUCUCGCACCAGAUGAGUUACUCCCAAAUGGGUGUCCAGCUGACUUCAGCAUUGAGUUAUUAUUACCUCACCCGUACGACUGCGGCAGAUUCUAUCAGUGUUUAUAUGGAAACAAGUUAGAAAGACCAUGUGCACCUGGAACUCAUUUUAAUUUUACAAAUCAGAGAUGUAUGGAUAUAGAUGAGGCAGGAUGUGUGCCAGUAAUCACUAUCCCGCCUUCAACUACGGCUUCUCCAAUAACUACCAAUGCACCAAGUACAUCUGCUGCUCCUUCCACAACUCUCUCAACUCUCGCACCAGAUGAGUUACUCCCUAAUGGGUGUCCAGCUGACUUCAGCAUUGAGUUAUUAUUACCUCAUGAGUCAGAUUGCGGCAGAUACUAUCAAUGUGUACAUGGAAAUAAGCUAGAGAGACCAUGUGCACCUGGAACUCAUUUUAAUUUCAUAUAUCAGAGAUGUAUGGAUAUAGACAAGGCAGGAUGUGAGCCAGGUGAAAGUCCGACUGUAUCUACACCUGGUUUAACUAGUUCAGCUACUACUCCUGUACCAACUACGACAGCCGCACCAGCAACAACUGCCGCACUGACAACAACAACUGCUGCACCAACGACAACAACCGCUGCACCAACAACAACAACUGCCGCACCAAUAACAAUAACUGCCGCACCAUCAACAUCAACUGCUGCACCAACAACAACAACUGCUGCACCAACAACAACUGCAGCACCAACAACAACAACUGCCGCACCAUCAACAACAACUACUGCACCAACAACAACUGCAGCACCAACAACUACGACUGCUGCACCAACAACAAUAACUGCCGCACCGACUACAACAACUGCUGCUCCAAUAACAACGGCUGCACCUACAACUGCUGCUCCAUCUACAACUGCUGUACCUGUCACUACUCUCUCACCAGGAGAGUUACUUCCAAAUGGAUGUCCAGCCAACUUCAGCAUUGAAUUACUAUUACCUCAUGAGACAGACUGCGGCAGAUUCUAUCAAUGUGUACAUGGGAAUUUGAUAGAAAUGCCGUGUGCUCCGGGAACUCACUUCAAUUUUGAACGUCAGACAUGUAUGCAUAUUGAGGAGGCAGGCUGUGAGCAAGGUCCUUCGACAUCUCCACCUGACUCAACUAAUUCUCCUACGACUGCUGCUCCAUCCACAACUUCUGCACCUAUUACUACUCUCUCACCGGGAGAUUUGCUUCCAAAUGGGUGUCCAGCUAACUUCAGUAUUGAGUUACUAUUGCCUCAUGAGACAGACUGCGGUAGAUUUUAUCAAUGUGUACAUGGGAAUUUGAUAGAAAUGCCAUGCGCACCUGGAACACAUUUCAAUUUUGAGAGUCAGACAUGUUUGCACAUUGAAGAGGCAGGCUGUGAACCGGGUCCUUCAACAUCUUCACCUAGCUCAACUAAUUCUCCUACGACUGCUGCACCAACAAUCACGUCUGGUCCAACUGCAACAGCUACCCCAACAACUGCCGCACCAAGUUCAACUGCUGCACCAAGUACACCAACAACUGCCGCGCCAACAACCACGGCUGCACCAACAACUACAACUGCACCUAUUACAACUGCUGCUCCAUCCACAACUGCUGCCCCAUCUACAACUGCUGCCCCAUCCACAACCGGUGCUCCAUCCACAACUGCUUCUCCAUCCACAACUACUGCCCCAUCCACAACCGCUGCUCCAUCCACAACUGCUGCACCUAUCACUACUCUCUCACCAGGAGAUUUGCUUCCUAAUGGGUGUCCAGCUAACUUCAGCAUUGAGUUACUAUUGCCUCAUGAGUCAGACUGUGGCAAAUUCUAUCAAUGUGUACAUGGAAAUUUGAUAGAAAUGAUAUGUGCACCCGGAACACACUUCAAUUUUGAGCGUCAGAUAUGUAUGCAUAAAGACGAGGCAGGAUGUGAAGUACACCCAACGACGGCUGCACCUAGUUCCACAAGUCAACCGUCCACAACAUCUGCAUGGACCACCACUUCUGCACCAAGUUCGACUACAAUAAGCUCGACUACACAAUGGACCACAACUGCCCCAACAACAAUAACAACCUCAUCAACAACAAGCGGAGGAGAAAAUGAUGACCCCUGCAAAACUCAAUGCCAUGUCCCACAUUGGCGUCAUGAAACUGAUUGUGACAAAUUUUGGCGAUGUGAAGGAAAUCAAAAGGUGCUAGGAAUUUGCUCAGAAGGCUUACACUUUAAUGUGAACACACAGACAUGUGAUUUUAUGUGUAAUGUUGACUGCGUGAGGGAAGAAGUCCAGUCCACUGCAGAAAGAGACGGUUUGAAACUAUUCGUACCAUGGGAUAAGGUGGAUGAAAUGAUCGAAAUGACUAAUAAAGGCGAAAAGCCCUUCAAUUAUUAUGGUGAAAUACUAAGCCAUAUA